AUGCCAAGCCCGGGUUGCCGGCCGCAACCCUUGCCAAAAAGUUCCUGGGUCCAGAAAUUUUGGAUGAAGAUGCAAAAGUCAAAGGCUGCCAGUUCUUCAACGUCAGAUCUGUCAAACCGAUAUUUUUCAAUCAUGCAUAUUCGGCCGGCCCGGAAUGCGUCUUCAAGAUGGCUGGGAAGUGUGUUUAAUGCCGAGCAUCUCACCCCGACCUCAGUGCCUCUCUACCUAUGCCCCGCCUUUCGAUCACUAUCGACUGUCGCAAAUGCCCCUCACUCUCGACCUUCCAUCCCACACCAUCGUCAGAAUGCGCCAUGUCAGUUCCGACAACUCCGAAGACUCCACGAGCAGUCAAGUGGCUUCGAUCAUACUUCGGAUGCGCCAGAAGAAAUCACGAGCCUCGAAGUUGCAGCCAAAAAGAAACUACCGCCUCAAUGCCAUGGCUGCGGUGCCCUGUCGCAAACCGCCGUCCCCGACGAAGCUGGCUACUAUGAUAUGUCACGGAAGAGCAUCAGACAAUAUUUGGGACUAGAUAAAACAACCAAACCGGACAAAUUGGAACAGAAUGAUAUUAUCAAAGAUGCAUUGAGUGGGCUGGACCUUGACGCGCUGGCACAAGCGGGCAUCGAUCUCAAAUCACUUCUACCCCAGGAACGACAGCCCCCAAGCAAACGCGAACUGCAGAAGAUUGAAAGUCCACCGUUGUGCGAUCGCUGCCAUAAUCUGGUUCACAAUUCUACGGGCAACUCCAUUUACCACCCGACUCUGGAGUCUAUCCAGGAGACCAUCGAAGAAUCACCAUACAAAUACAACCAUAUCUACCAUAUCAUUGACGCCGCCGACUUCCCAAUGUCUCUCCUGCCCAGGCUCCACAGCAUUCUGGACAUCACCCUACGUACGCAGAACCGAAGAGGAGGGCAACACAAGUAUAAGCGUGGCAGGUUAAUUGAGAUGAGCUUUAUCGUCACUCGCUCCGAUCUUUUGGCGCCCAAGAAGGAAAUGGUCGACUCCAUGAUGCCUUAUAUUCGAGAGACCCUCCGUGACGCCCUGGGAAGGGUUGGUCAACGUGUCCGACUAGGAAACGUCCACUGCGUCAGCGCCAAGCGAGGAUGGUGGACCAAGGAGCUCAAGGAAGAUGUCUGGAAGCGUGGCGGCGCAUGCUGGAUGGUUGGCAAAGUCAACGUUGGAAAAUCGCAGCUCUUUGAAGCAGUCUUUCCCAAGAACCGCAUGUCAGAGGCUACCGCGGUGCUGCUCAACAAGAAGAAGAUUGCCCCCGUUAAUGUCUUCGCAAAGAGGACAGCCGAGCCACUUUCUUUUACUGAAAACCCCGAGGAUGAAGAAGCGCGCAACACCCUCCUCCCCGGCCUCAGUCUCCACACGACCUCCGACCUCUUACCCCCUCCGCAAGAAGAGACCGCCUACCCAGCCAUGCCCAUCGUUUCUUCCCUCCCUGGCACGACCGCCUCCCCCAUCAGGAUUCCCUUUGGAUCUGGCAAAGGCGAGCUGAUCGAUCUCCCCGGCCUGUCGAGAGGCGACAUCGAACUCUUCGUCCGCCCUGAAUGCCGCACAUCUCUCGUCAUGAAACAACGCAUUGUUCCAGAACAGCAAACCAUCAAACCCGGUCAGUCCUUGCUCAUCGGCGGCUUCAUCCGCAUCACACCCCGCAACGUCGCCCCAGACGAAGAGCUUGUUUUUCUGGCAUACGCCUUCACCCCCAUCGACCCGCAUCUCACCUCCACCGAGAAGGCCAUCGCAACGCAAACCCAAGACCCGAACGCACCAAAAGUAGGCAACAUUGCCCUCCCUGGGACGGGCGAGAAGAUCAAGCAUGCGGGAGCGUUUCAGUUAAGAUACGACAUCACCAAAGCCCGUACUGGACCCUUGACAAGGAAAGAAGCCGUCGGUCUCAAGGUCGAUCAACUCCCCUACCGCGUUUUGGGCAUCGAUAUCCUCAUUGAAGGCGUCGGCUGGGUAGAAUUAGCUGUUCAAGUCCGCACGAGAAAGUUAUUCGACACCUCUGCCCCAAAGCCAGUAUACGCCAAACCCCCCUCCUCGGACCCAUUCCACAUGCUCACCUCUCCGGCAACGGACGCAACCACCACCACCCCAACGCUUGACCUCCGGCCCGAACCGGUCAACUCCCUCUCUCGGGAAAAGGAACCGAAAAAGGAGAAACACAAGCCUAAACCGGUUUACACCCCCAGACACGAGAGGAUGUCUGACGAGCAGUUGAGGGACGAUCUCUGGGCCGCGUGGGAUGAGAAGCCCUCUCCACCAAGAGAAGAAAGUCAAAAUGACUGGGAAGAUGAAUUUGACCAGAGACAACAACAAGAAGAAGAAGAACAAGACACCACUGCAGAGCCGGAACCAAACUGGCCUGUCAUUGACGUCUACUCCCCCGAAGGGAAAUUCAUCGGCUAUCGCCCCCCGCUGAACGCCUGGUUGGUGAACAAGGAGCUCAAGAGCAAGGAGGCGAAGCUCAGCAGGCCGAGGAGGAGCAUGAAGGGGGUGAAGAAGGGGGCUAAGAGUGAGGGGAGGUGA